CGUGUAACACUGAAUGUGAUAUAUCGCUUUAGUGAGAAGCAGGCUGGUGUCCAAUGCGGGAAAUGUGCAUAUUUGGCGUGGCGUUGGCAUGCAAAGUCGCGGCAGCCUGCAUUAAUUGCCCGCCCUAUCUAUGCCUGAUGUGUGAGGAUGUAACUUGCAAACUCAAACCUGAGCAGACCCUGAGUGCCAGGUGAAUACCUAUCUUCUUGUGCCAAGUCUAGAUUUACUCUCGCCGCUAUAGUUAACCUCAAGAGUGUUUUGAUCACAACCGUUCGAUUUCUCAACAUGGCCGAUCACGCCGCAGCCAUCCCGCUCCAGUCCAAGGACCAUAAGACAUUGAUGGACGUUAUUGACAAGUUGCGGUCUAAGGGGAUCAAUCGCUAUGUCAACCUUCCCCAGAUUGUGGUUUGCGGUGACCAGUCAUCCGGGAAGAGCUCGGUUCUGCAGGCUAUCUCGGGCAUGUCCUUUCCAACUCAGGAUAACCUCUGUACACGGUUCGCAACAGAAUUGAUCCUACGACAUACUGGCGAGGAUGCCGAGGAGAAAUGCCACAUUUCCAUCUCUCCUGGUGCUGACCGAUCGAAUCAAGAAAGGGCUCGCCUUGAGCAGUUCAAGUAUUCUGAGAUCCCUGAUAGCAACAAUAUCGGUGUUCUUGUGGAUAAAGCUAAGGAAGGGUUGUUCCGCGCCGGGAAUAAGGAGCAGUCGGCCGAAGACGCCGCGAUUGUCCAGUCGCUUGUGCUCUCAUACAUGAAAAAUCCUCGGAGCAUCAUCCUCGCCGUAGUCUCGGCCCAGAGUAACUUCGCCUUGCAAGAGGUGACCCAGCAUGCGCGAGAGAUAGAUAUCCAGGGUAUCAGAACCAUAGGUCUCAUUACUAAACCGGAUACGCUCGAUUUCAGACUGGGUUGGCACGUUAUAAGAAAUCGUGAUUUUAAGUCUAGGAAUGCCACAAACGAAGAGCGCGACAAAGCAGAACUGCGAUUCUUCGACCAAGGAAUUUGGGCAGGGCUGCCUCGAUCCCAGAAAGGUGCCGGAAGCCUCCGUACUCGGCUCAGCGAGGUGCUCAAGAAUCAGAUACUGGACCAACUACCCGAUGUCCUUGGAGAGAUACAGAGAGGACUAGAAGACUGCUCUAGCAGGCUUGAAAAGCUUGGCACGGCCCGUAGUAGUCUCGGAGAACAACGCAAGUUCUUGCUCAAUGUUAGCCAUCAGUUCUCGCACCUCAUCUCCGAAGCCAAAGAUGGAACCUACCAGGAUAAGUUCUUCGGGAAUGCUCGAGAAGAGGAAGGAUAUGAGAAACGUCUCCGUGCUAUCGUUCAGAACACCCUAAGCGAUUUUUCUGAUCAAAUGCGCAUCAAUGGGAAAGCUAGGGAGAUAGUCGAGACGUCUGCCAACAGGAGCCGAAAUCAAGUCUUGCGCAGCGAUUAUCUGCAGGAAGUGAGACGUCUUAUGAAGCGGACCCGCGGAUGCGAGCUUCUGGGCACAUACAACCCUCUGAUAAUUGGAGAGCUGUUCCACAAGCAAUGCGCUCCUUGGAGAGGUUGGCUGGAGAAUUACUCAGAGAAAAUAUUUGGAGCAGUCGAUUUCACUGUCAACGCGGUGCUGGCACACGUCGUUGACGAAGACACUAAGGUAAAGCUCUGGGGAGAAUUAAUCAACGAUGCCCUUGAUCAGCUUAAUCGUCAGCUGCAGAAGAGGGUGAAUGAGGUGUUGCGACCUCAUGAAGAUGGGCAUCCCAUCACAUACAACCAUUACCUGACUGAAAAUGUCCACAAAAUUAGAAUCGGUCGUGUUCGAAAACGUCUAGAGCUCGGAUUGAACGAGUCAGGGAUCACGUCUAAAAAGUGUCCCACAAAUAUCGACACGGUCUUGGACACACUGGUUAAGCACACGGAAGCAGACAUGGAGACAUCGGCCAGCUCAGACGCAAUCGACUGGAUGGAGGCCUACUAUCAGGUAGCGCUGAAGCAGGUGGUGGACGACUUCAGCACAUUGGCUAUUGAGGCAUCCCUGAUCUCUCAGCUACCCGGUCUAUUCACGCCAGAAAUCGUGUUCGAUCUCAGCGACGAUGUUGUGAGCAGGAUUGCCGGUGAAAGUUGGGAGACGGCAGACGAACGAAGAUUCAUCACUGACAAGAUGGAAAUUCUGAGAAGUGGUAUGGUAGAGCUACAGCGCCUUAGCAAGCAUCGCCGAUGCGCAAAUGACUACGAAGAAGCGAAGGCCGACACACCGAGGCCAGUCACUUUUGAGUCAGAGCAAUCUUCCGGCCAGUCAACUUCAGGAAAAUAUAUAGAGGAUGAAACAGAAGAGGAUGAGAUAGAGGAGGAUGGAAUAGAACAGGAAGAACUAAAAGAGGCAAUUCAAGUGACGGCAGCUGAAAAGGAGGCCAUUGUAGAACCCUCUGAGGUGAAGUUGAACGAAGAGUUCUCGGGAAUGGAAGUGGAUUACCCUGCUGCGCCAAGGGAAAAAGGACCUUGGGAUGACUGGGGUAAUUUGCCCAUUGCCACUAAGAAAAAGAAAAAGAAAGGCAGGUCAAUGACAUGUGACUGGACAGGAAUGGUAGAGGAAUAAGUGAACAAUAUCCAAAUUAGAUCCGGUUCACUUAGGAUGUUGUGAGCGCCAAAGACGAGCCCCUAGCCUACAGCUGUGUCACAGAGUGAGAGUCAGUCGCAAGAGGC